AUGCCUCCUCGGAAGCGACCUGUAGAAGAAGUCACUACCACUCGCCGCACUUCCCGGCGAGCCUCCACCAAAAGCCAAUACUUCGAAGGUAGCGACAACACAGAGGAGAGUGAUGCGCCACCGCCAGAGAAACGUGGAAGACCACCAAAGAAACAAGCGAAAAAGGAGGAAUCUGAAGAGCCUUAUGAGGAUGAGCUAGCUCAGGAACCACAGGAGGAGGAAGACGAUGGUGAUUCAGACGACUCGGAUGCGCCUCCCAAGGUCACUAUCAUUCCGUUGGUAAAGUUGAGGGAUACAGAAGGUAUCGAAUAUGAGGAUUUCAAACUACAUAAGAACACGAUGUUGUUCUUGCGAGAUCUCAAAGCCAACAAUCAGCGCCCUUGGCUAAAGUCACAUGACGAGGAGUAUCGACGUGCUUUGAAAGACUGGAACGCAUUCGUCGAAUGCACAUCAGAGUCUAUCAUUGAAGCUGACGAGACGAUUCCUGAACUUCCAAUCAAGGAUCUAAGCUUUCGCAUCCACAGAGACAUUCGCUUCAGCAAAGAUCCCACACCAUACAAGCCUCAUUUCUCUGCCGCAUGGUCUCGAACUGGUCGCAAAGGCCCAUAUGCCUGCUACUACAUCCACUGUGAACCUAAAAAGUCAUUCAUCGGCGGUGGUCUAUGGUGUCCCAGCGGCGAGCAGAUGCAAAGACUUCGCGCCAGCAUUGACGAGCGGCCAAAUAGGUGGAAACGUGCGCUUAACGACGAAGCCUUCAAGCGCAUAUUCUUGCCAAAGGUCGCCAACAAAUCGGAUCCCGAGGUGGCGCUGCUGGCAUUUGCGGAAAAGAACAGCCAGAACGCGCUCAAGACCAAGCCCAAAGGCUUCACUGCUGAACACCGCAACAUUGCGUUGCUGAAGCUAAGGAAUUUCACUGUCGGGACUCAGAUUGACGAUAGUCUCUUUUACGAGGAUGAUGCGCAGGAGAAAAUUAGCGAGAUCAUACGUCCGAUGGUGGGAUAUGUUUCGUUUUUGAACAGUAUCGUCAUGCCAGAUCCUGGCCAAGAUGACGAUAGCGAUAGCGAUGAAGAUGGCGAAGAUGAAGAAGAAGGAGAGGACGACGAGGAAGAGCCUGAGGAUGAUGAAGACAACAGUGACGAGUAG